ACCAGCUAGUUUUGUUUGAGCGGUUAAACAAAAUGUUGUGUCUUGUGAGUGUUUGGAAGGAAAUAUUGCUAAUGCCAGCAAAUGGCAAUACUAAUUCAAUUUCGCAAUGAGAUCGUGUAAACAACAACGACAACAAAAAUUUUGAAAAAUUAUAAUUGUGUAAAAAUAUAAAUUUUGAAAAGGAAAUUAUUUUUUAUUUAUAUCAAAAAGUGUUCCAUUGAAAAGUCAAAAAAAAAAAAAUAUUGGAAAAUAUUUGAAUUAAAAUUAAAUAAAAAAUGCCAUCAUCGGGAUUCUUUGAAUCAUUUCGAAAAGGAUACACCAAUGAAAUAAAUUGCCAUGUGAAAUCCCGUAAAACAAAAUUAUACACAUAAAUCAAUAUGACCUCCUUAAAGUAUGUUAAGAAAAAAAUAUUUCUAAAAAUCUGCCUAAGUAUAUACCUGUAAAAAAUCUCCAGUAACAAAUUGUAUCCUCGGCCGUCACAAGGAGCAAAGAAAGAAAAGAAAAAAAAAGUCAUCAUCCGGUGGUAGAUGUGAUAGCAGAAGUGAAAAAAAAAACUAUAAGAGGCAAACCUAACGUUGCUUGUUACGUGGUAGUGUGCAUGGAAUAUGACGAGGAUGCCAGAAAUGUUCAUAAGGAAAUUUAGCAGAGUCAAGCAAAACUGUUCAAAAUAACUCUGGAUCCUGACUGGUCACCUAUGCAAAGGAUACAUUUGGCCAAUUAACCAUAUCGAAAAAUAUAUACACGAAAAAAAUACACAAAAUUCAAAUAAAACUUUGGUGAAUGUUGUUAAACGCUGGAGACCAUUGCUCAGACACAUGAAAAUAUUCAACACAAUGGAGGUGUUUCUCUUGGCCAAUCAUAUGAUAAUGGAUUAUCAACGUCCUCAGCUGUUAAUAAUUUCCAUUUCACUGCUGUAUUGGUUUCGCAAUACAGCCGAUUGUUGGAAAUUCGAUGGCGGUGGUCCUGGGUCUCUAGGUCCUGGCUAUCGAGUGCCUCGCAGUGCUUCCAACCUGUUAGCAGCCCGGGGACCACCACCUGUGAUACCAAAUGCCGGUGGUGGUGGCAGUGGCAGCUUUGCCAACCUCUUCAAUUCACAGCCUCAAGACAUACUCUACUCCUGCCCACUAAAUAGCAUGUGUCAAUGUGCCGGAUUACCGAAUGAGACAACGACGCUUAUCGAAAUUAAUUGCAACGAGGUGGAGCUGUAUAAAUUUCCAGAAUUUAUUCACAGUUCGGUGCGCUACAUUGAAAUGUCCAACACCCACCUACAGAGUGUCGAUGACGAAACGUUCCAGGGCCUCAGACUGAAAACAUUGAAACUCAUUGACAACGAAUUACAGGAUAUAUCCGAGCGUAGUUUCAGCACAAUGACUCACAGCUUAAUGACAUUGGACAUAUCAGGGAAUAGAAUGCAGCAUAUACCCUAUGAGGCGCUACAGAAACUACACUCACUAACGCGAUUGGUUGCCCAAAGGAAUCACAUCACAUCUUUAGAUGUCAACUGGGAGGCACAGCAUGACACCUUAAGGUCUCUGCAUUUAGCUGGUAAUGACAUUACCGAAGUAUCGCCCACCUCACUGCAUGACGGUGUCAGCCAUCCUUCAUCGGCUGCCAUUCAAACCAUAACCAAAGAUGAACACCUUCUCAAAGGCGGCUCACACAUAUCCUCCAAUUCCAUAACAGGCCUUACCCACUCGAUGGGCAGCAGCGGUGGCGGCGGCAACAGCCAUCAAGCGGGAAAACCAUUUAAUCGUUUACAGAAAUUGUUAUGGCUUGACCUGUCGAACAACAGAAUUUAUCACAUCUCACCCAACUUUCUGCCCCGCAGCCUCAUAACAAUUGACUUGUCUGGCAACCUGUUGUCAGCCUUUCCCCAUCACCUGUUCGAACAUCUGUAUGAGUUGCGAAUUAUUUCACUGCGUGAUAACCUGGUGAAAAGUUUAAUGACAAAAGACCAGAGGCAGGUGCGAAUACAUUUGGAGAAAUUGGACAUGGGCAAGAAUCUGAUAGAGGCAUUGGAAACGGAUUGUUUUCAAACGAAUUACUCGGAUGUCCAUAUCAGAGCGUUGAAUUUGGAAAAGAACUACAUACGACACCUGCCGGCGGCUGUGUUCCGAGACAUAGGUACGGUGCAUUUGGUGUUGGCCUUCAAUGAGAUUGAGAGGAUACAUGUCAAUGCCUUUGAGGGCAUAGAGGAGACACUAGAGUAUCUGGACUUAGAACGUAACAAUUUGAAUGCAGUUCCUGGGGCCAUAAGUCGCCUGAAUCGCCUGAAAUAUCUCUACUUGACAUCGAAUAACAUCAACCAAUUGAGUAAUUUACCGGAGAAUACUGAAAACCUAAGAGUUCUAUCGCUGAGUGGCAACAACUUCACCAUGAUCCCCGUAUUGGGUCUUAAGAAUUACACCAAUCUCUCGUAUUUGAAUAUGGGUUAUAACUCCAUAGGUGAUAUUCCUGAAAGCAUUUUCACCGUGGACUCCUGGGGUUCGAAUUUGCAAACGAUUCUCUUGAGAAAUAAUAAAAUCACCCAUCUGCAUUUGAAUUCCUUUGCGGGAUUGGAUCAAAUACAGGAGAUUUCACUCAGUUUCAAUGACAUCAACAUCCAUCAUCCGAUGGUAUUUGAAAAUGUCUCCAAAACGUUAAAGAUUUUGGAGUUGUCGUUUGCAGUGUUUCCUGCACGCAGCAUGGAAUCCAUAGAUCCAUUGGAUGCCCUCUACCCCUUGUCACAGUUAAUGUGGCUGGGACUGGACAACAAUAAUCUCAAGCAUUUGAACAAUGAGUCAUUUUUAAAUAUGCGCGAACUUUCAUACAUCAAUCUGGGAUUCAAUCAACUAAAGUCGCUGCCUAAAGGCUUAUUUCUGCCGGAGGUACAUUCGCAUUUGGUGGAAAUCGACUUGGGCUACAAUUCCCUUGAGAAGUUGGCCUCCCUCACUUUCUUCAAUCUGGGCGACUUACAAACGCUCAAUUUACAGUCAAACAAGAUACGCUUAAUCGAAAAACAUGCCUUCUACAAUUUGGAAUUCCUGCGAUACAUCGAUCUGUCGUACAACAAAUUGUCCAACAUAUCACAUCAAGCAUUUACCACACUGCCAAACUUAGCGGCUCUGGAUCUGAUGUUCAACAAUUUGUGUUCAUUCUCGCUGAAAUCGUUCCACUACGUCUCGAACACCACCACCCCGCUGAAGCUGAACCUCACCUACAAUCGCAUCGGCCACUUCGAGGACACCCUCUCAUCCUACAUGUACAUUUACAACUUGGACAUGAGCCACAACUUGAUCAACAAGCCCGAAAGUUUUGCCAAUCUAGCCAACACAUUGAGAUUUCUGAACUUAGCUCACAAUUCCAUACAGAAUUUGGCCAAUCAUGCAUUUGGUGAUUUGGAAUUUCUGGAAAUACUCAAUCUGGCCCAUAAUAACAUCACCAGUCUGAGACGUCGCAGUUUUCAGGGUCUAAAUUCAUUGCAGGAAUUAGACUUGAGUUACAAUCGUUUGGAUCAGUUACAGGUGGAGCAGUUUUCGAAUUUGAGGAAGCUAAGGAUUCUGAAAAUACGUUGCAACAAAUUAAAAGCCUUGCCACGCGAAGUCUUCAUGAACACCAGGCUAGAAUAUUUGGAUAUAUCCGAUAACCAGUUGACAGUAUGGCCAGUGCCGGCCUUCUCCGAUGUGGGAUUCACUUUGCGCAACAUACAAAUGUCUGCCAACCUCCUGGAGUACUUGGACUCGAGCAUGUUUAUUAACUCCCAAUUCUUGUAUGAUAUCAAUUUGUCGUACAACAAGAUAACGGUGCUGCCCGACAACACCUUUAGCUUCUUGAAUAAUCUCACGAAUUUGGAUUUAUCUGCCAAUCCCUUGGUUACCACCAAUCUCAAGGAGAUCUUCCUGCACACACCACGUCUAAGGCGUCUCAAGAUAUUCAAUAUGGGUCUCUAUGUUCUGCCACAACUUAAUCUUCCGCAACUUUCACAUCUGGAUGUGAGUGGCAAUUUUUUGCAAGAACUAUCAUCGCUGCAUGAAAUGCGCCAGCUGAGAUAUGUAAAUGUGUCGCAUAAUAAAUUUGUUAAUGCCUCGUGUGCGGUGGAACAUCUGCCACAAUCGGUAAGGGUCUUGGACUUGGCCCAUAAUCCCCUGCGACGAAUAACUGUACAUGAUAUGGCCGCCCUGAGACACCUGUCAGAGCUGAAUCUGCUAGAUGUGAAGGUAAUCAAUCCCCUGGCAUUUUCCAAACUGAGAUCGCUGAGAAAGUUACACCUGACAGCCCACAGUAAUUUGGGUGAAAUCGUUUCCCGGAUACCGGGACUACAGGAACUGAAAGUACACAGCGUGGACGCCAAUAUUGGCGGUCAAUUGUUUGCCAAAUUAAGCAACAACACCAAACUACAUUUGGUGGAAUUGUAUGGGACCAACAUUCAAACCAUAUCGCCCGAUGCAUUUGAAGGCCUGGCCCGCAAUCAAAAGCUACAGGUCAAAAUAUCCCACACGAAAAUUUCCGAUCUACCACCGGGUAUCUUCUAUCCAUUGAGAUUGGUGCCACAUCUUUCCAUCGAUAUAUCGGACAACAAAAUCAAUGCCCUGGCAGCCGAUAGCUUCUAUCCAAAUAAAACCUAUUGGGAUACGGUGGGUACGCGCAGCAUUAUCGGUGGUCUACAGACCUCCAAUAAUCCCCUGGAAUGUGAAUGCGGACUUGUGUGGUUUGGCCACUGGCUGCGGAGAUGGCUGCGUGAAUCUGCUCAAAUAAAAGUCAUCCAGAAGGAUGAUAUGAAACAAAUGGUGCAGCUUCCUUUGCGUUCACGUGAUAUACGCCGUGCUCGUGCCAAUACCUGCCAUGAUCCCACCUCUGGCAAACAGAUGCCGAUUUUGGAAAUUUUCCCCGAAGAUCUACUGUGUCAGGCAUCAGCCCUCAGCAGUUCCGGCGAAAAGCUGUUUCUCAUUUCGUUUGCUGUCAUCGUCCUGCCCCUGUUCGGUAUGACACUUUGAUAAUCGUAAGCCUCAUUAUCCUCAUUUCAUUAAAUGAAUACAAAGAAGUCUUUAUUUGACUUUGUCACGCCAUAAUGCGAUGUGUAGCUGGCAGCCAGGCAGGUAAGCUGGCAGGCGGAUCGACUGACACCCAGCCAGCAAACCAUCCACCGCCAACUCAUACACAUCGCACAAAGGCCGUGAUCUCUUACUUUUGUACAGUUAAAUGAUGUAAAUUAUUUCCCUUUGUAAAUGAAAAUCUAGUGUAAAUGACUACGUUUAAGCGACAAAACUGAAAAUGAAAAACGAAAAAUAAAGUGAAAACUAACGUAAACAGUUGUUAAAGUUUUAUACCCCUCGAAUAUGUCAAAGUGACUACUAUUGUACUGUCGAACAAAACACUCACUCACUCAGUCACUCACUGGGCGUGGAUAAAAACAAAAAGAGAAAAUAAAAACUCCCAUUUAACGUUGAUAUGGAAAUUAUGAAUGACAUGUUAUUGCAAUUUAAGGAAUUUUAAAAAUAAGUUAAAAUAUUUAUAGGUAUAAAAACCGAGGAAGAAGAAGAAGCAGAAAAACAAAA